AAAAUGAUGUCAAUUAUGAGAAUUAAUAUGGAUAUAAUCAUUUAGAAAAAAGGCACAUACAAUUUUUUUAAUUUUUGUUUUUAAUUUGGUGGUAUAUAAUUAUGUAUUGUGAGUCUUCAUUUGCUUGUCAACAGGUAUUGUACCUUAUAUAUUUUUCUGCAACUUCUUCAAAAUGGAAAGGAUGAGCAGAAUCAGUAGGACUCCUAAUAAAGUAAGAGAAAUGGGUUUAGGACUUACUUCAUGUGCUCUCUUACUUCAUCUAUAUCUUGUCAUGUGUGCCAAAGGAAGUGAAUCUAAGCAGAUUAGAAGCGAAGACAACAAUAUCAUUAUUCAACUCCCUGGCAGUAAUGUUAAUCCCCAUAAGAAAUCUGAUGCUAUUCAUUUCCCACAACUCGGCAUGGUUCAUAAAUUUGAUCCUCAGGGACAUACUGAUAAUCAUCAUCAUCCAUCAAUAUCCCACAUGGAUCACAAAAUGGACCCUUCAGCAAUGCGUUUCUUCACCAUAGAAGACAUGUUCGUUGGGAAAAAGAUGCCUCUUUAUUUCCACAGGACAGAUCCUUCAAAUUCUCCACACUUUUUGCCCAGAGAUGAAGCUGAUUCGAUUCCUUUCUCAUCGAAACAACUUCCGGACCUUCUUCGACGUUUCGCUUUCUAUCCGGACUCUUCACAGGCCAAAUCCAUGGAAAGAUCACUCAGACAAUGUGAGGCUGAACCCAUGGAAGGAGAGACAAACUUCUGUGCUACAUCCUUAGAAUCGAUGCUUGACUAUAACCGCGGCGUUUUCGGAUUAAAUACGCCUUUCAGACUUGUAACCACUAUCUAUUUCUCCCAUACGGAUGUGAGUUUCCAGAAUUAUACAAUCUUGGAAGCUCCUAAACAGAUAUUGGCAACCAAAAUGGUGGCAUGCCAUUCCUUGCCAUACCCUUAUGCAGUAUUCUAUUGCCAUAGCCAGAAGAGUGAGAACAAGGUGUAUAAGGUUUUAAUUGGUGGUGACAAUGGGGAGAGGAUGGAAGCUGUUGCUGUUUGUCACAUGGACACGUCGCAGUGGAGCCGCGAUCAUGCGUCGUUUCGUGUGCUUGGGAUCGAGCGGGGGACUUCCCCUGUUUGCCAUUUCUUCCCUGCUGAUAAUCUCAUCUGGGUUCCAGCACUUGCUUCCAUUUAAUUAAAGUUAGGGAAAUAAGAAGACAGUUUGUGUCUACUACUAUAUAUAUAUAUAUAUAUAUAUGUGCGUGUUUGUGUGUGUGUGUGUGUGUGUGUGUGUGUGUGUCUAUAUAAACAAAAUACAGGAGUACUAAUACAUAAGUAAGCCAGAUGGAUUUGUGGUUUAGAUGCAUGCUUCUUUGUAAGCUUGCUAUUCAUAUAUAUUUCUUCAAUCAAACUGUUUGGUAUGCAGUGUUUUAUAUAUAUGUAUAAAAAGAAACUUAUA